GAACAAUGCUUGAAUGGUAGCCGGCGGGAAGGACGUAGGAAUACUACUGGUGGAUCACGAGUUUUGUAUGCAUUAGCAAGUGACCAAUGAUGUGGUGGAAGAAAGCUACGAUGAGGAGGUGACGGCUGGGUGAGGAGCAAUGUCUAUAACACCGCCUGCCACUCCUCCACGGCAGGGUGAGGAGGGUGGGGAGUGUCUGCUGGAUGGUCUGGAAGGGGACAGUGAAGACUUCCUUGCCUUCAUACUUGCAGAGCCUGGCCCCAGUCUAGAGCAAGAGGAAGUCAGUAAGCACUUGGAAGACAGAGAGGAAGCAGACGGGUUCACCUGUGAAGGGGAGGUGUACUGGGGGACAGAUGUGGGGAAAAGGUCAUAUCUCGGUAGGGGUGUGUUGACCAGGCUCCUGCAGCGCUUCAACCCGGCUCCCAUUACUUGCUCCACACCUCCUAAGUCCGUCUUCCAUUUGCCAUGUACACCUGAUAAUCUUCAGCUCCACUUGUCACACUUCUUCUCAGCACUCAGGCAGUGUGUGGUGGAGCUAGAGAAAGGGGCCCAGUCCAGUUUCUCCCUCCAUGAAUACCCCGGCACCUCCACCCACACUGCCCCAUACCCAGGCCUGCGGCAGGAGGCGUCCACCUUCCUCGCUGCUCUUGCCUCCCUUGUCUAUGGUUUAGGAGCAGGUGAAGAGGCCUUUCUGGCACUGGUGAUGCAGGAGGUAAUGCAGACGCUUGUGUUUGUUGGCCCUCUGCAUCAGGUGCCACACCACGUCAUCACAGCGGCCUCCACUCAGGGCAAUAAGUGUCCGUCAGCCUCAUACCACUUGCUGCAUCUACACCUGGAUGUGCGGUGGUGGAGCCUGGUCAUUCUCCACAUGGCAGAGCUCUCCUUGGGUCCCCUGGUUCCCUCUCUUCCUCUGCUGCUGCAGGAACCCCCUCGGCCACAUCAGACAGCUGGGGACAGUGGAAAGGAGAGCCAAUCAUCCCCCACUCAGCAGUGCAUCUCUAUGGUGAUGUGGGAUCUGGUCACUCUCAUGAGCUGUGGAGGCAGCAGCUUCAAGAAGGGUGUGAGUGAGCUGCAUCAGGAGGCAGGGUUCUCAUGUGGUUGUGGCCUUGAGUUGGCAGUAAUGAUGUUGCAUUUCCUGGAGUAUCGACAUGCUUGUCUUGCCCAGCAGACAUUUUGGGAGGAAGUGCAGGACAAGCUGUUAGUGCUCCUGAAGACCAUGAGUGAGUCGUCCUCAUCAUCCACCAUCACUCCCCCUGGCCCAAGCACCCUCCUCUACCCACCACCUCUCAUCUCCCUGCUGCAGCUGCCUCAUGUCUGGUGGCUCCUCCUCACCUUCACGAAGCUCCAUACUUAUGACAAUGAAGGCAAGAAGGUGGCCAAUAGAGUGGAGGUGAAAAGUGAGGUGAAGCUGCUUCGCACAUUGCUGCGCCUGAGUCUUGGGGACCCUCGCAGUGGUAACCAACCCACAGAGGCUGAGCUGCGUUUCUUUACCCGGUGCUGUAUGGGGAUGCUGGAGGUGUGGGGGGGCAGUCGCAGCAGUGAGUGGGCAGCACCAUUGUGGGAUCAUAUGGCCAAGCAUCUUGACUCUCCUUUCCUCCUCCCUGGAGCAGGACUCGAGGGACUGGCUUGUAUAAGCAAGACAAUAGGAGGAUGGUUGGAGCAGGUCAGGUCACGAGUGUGUGAUCCAGCAGCUGUGGGGAAAACGGAGACAUCAUGGCAAAUAUUUCUCAGAAUUGUUGUGGGUGUUGUGAAGAGUGGACCCCUGGAAUGGCGACAGAUGAGGGGACGCAUCUUCUCUAAAUUCCAUGGCCGCAAGAUGUCUGAACUGACCCCCACUGGCCUGUACAACACAGUCUCACUUUUCCUCACCUUGGCUUCAUCUGCCACAGACACUCUUGAUGUUGUCAACAAGCUUGGUGAGCUGCUGAGUCUUGUGCCAACCUGCAGCACCAGCAAAUCACGGAUGGUAUGGCGUGGCUUCCUAGCAGGAGCACUGCUCCUGGUGGACAAGGGUUGUGAGGUCUCUCCACUGGCAGAGCGGCUCUCUCCCAUUGUCACUGCUGUAUGUCACCAUCUUACUAGCUCCAGGGACCCCCAGCAGCGGAGGGAAUUGGGGCAACUGCUGAUCUCAUAUGCUGAGGCUUUGCAGGAAGUGUUUGAGCACAGCCAUAACCUCAGCCUGGCUCAGCACUCCCUCAUUUGCGGAGCGGUGGGUGGUGUGCUGCCUCAUGCUACAGCAGCCGAGGUCAAGGCUAUUGCAGGAGCCAUGGAUGCAGCACUGGCCAAAGUGAUGACCUUAUCAGCCCAGCCAGAAAAUGUCACUUCUGGCAUGGUAGGACCAGCUGUGAUAGAGGUUGUGUGGAAGGAGUUUGGUCCCUCUUUGAAGUCACUUGCUACCUCUUCAACUCCUCCCCAGGCUGUGGCUUCUUUAUCAGCCUCACUUACCCUCUGUCUGGUAGGAGUGUUGGGUCAUAAAGAAGCUGCCUCUGGGCUAUUCCACUAUUUCCUUACCCAUGAAGGUGUAAGUACAGGGUGUAGCCUUCACUAUGCCUCAUGUCUUCUGAGUCACCCCGACAGCCUGGCACUGCUGGCCAGCCUGUCCCCAGGACAUGAAAGAAUGCUUGUGUCUUGUUGGCUGUGUGGUCUCAUUGGGGUUGGGGAUGAGAAUGAGGCUGUGGAUAUGCUCACACCACAGAUAUUGAGGCUUCCCAGCAUGGUGGGGGUCCUGCCUCCCACCCACCCAACUGAUCCCUUUGCUGUUGCCAUUUGCUUCAUCAAGGGAGUAGCAGCCAAAUUUAGCAGCAUUGAGGUCUUUGCUGACAGGAUAGCAUACCGGGAGGAUGUGCUGCAGUGCUUCUCUGGGCUAGACAAGGCCUUUGGGGGUCUGCUUAGGAAGAGUCCACCUGCCAGUCAUCUGCCUCAAGCACUGACCCUCAUUGCAAACCUUUUCUUUCAUGCUCACUCUGUCAUCUACGUCAAGUCUAAACCCACAUGUCCUAUGGCCACACUCCUCAACACAGUCCUGCUGCCAACACCCAUUUACUCACCAGAGAAGCCCCUCUCUGCAGCAUUCACUGCAAGUAUUUCAUCUGUCCUGCCACGGAUGGUGUGUGGAAUUGGAUGCCUUGGACUGACACAGGAUGCUUACCUACUACGCUGUGUGAGGGACAUCUUCACCCACUACCUCCACCGUUUCCCAGUCAAGACCAUACGCAACUACACUACAACAUUCCAUCCCUUUCUGGCAACCCUCCACGGUGAGGUGAGAUUGCCUGUGCUAGAGGAACUACGCAAGGUGUUUUUAGAGGUGGUGCGUGACAGCUAUCUGGCUCGCCGCAACACCUCGCCUGUACACCUGCAGGUGGCCCUGUCUCUCCUGACUGAAUUGCUGCAGCGGAAUACCAUGGAUUGGCUGGAAAUAUUGUGCUGUUCCUUAUUAGUUCCUCUACUGGAGCUCCUCUUGACCCUGGAAGAGCAAACCACCAAGCGGCUGGCCACAGAUCUCCUUCAGAAGCUGCUACAGGAAGCAGAAGACCGUGGGAUACCAUCCAGAAGGGUUCUGGUAGACCAGCUACGGGAGCUGGUAGGAAGGCACAUGUCCUGGAGCUCUGGGCGGUUGUUCCGGGUGCUACGAGUGAUCGCUGUGCUCCACAGACCACUGCUCCUGGAAGCCCUUCCUCAUGUAACACAGGCUGUCACUCGCACUGAGGAGAAGCGUGGCACGGGCCUUGACCACACCCUCAGGCAGGGCUAUCAGGCUCUUCUCUCCAGCCUGGGCAUGACAGCACCAGGAGAAAUAGUGCAACAAGAAUAGAAUUUAAGUAAAAUGAAUCGAAGCAUCAUGGUAGCUGCAUAAAACAUAAUUUAUUCAAUGUUUUGGCACAAAAAGCAACUUUAUUUCAACAUUGUGACACAGACUUUGCCAUUAAAAAACAGCUGUGGACUAAAUGUGUUAGAUACAUUGUACAUAUUUUGAAUACAUUGUACAUAUUUUGAAAUUAUUUGUUAAUGUUGAGUUAUUCAUAUUUAAUAACUCUGGGACAGAUUUUCUUAUGUUCAUUGAUUUCAGUAUUCAAAUGUCAUCAGCACUGUUUGAGGAAUCUAAUCAAAGUAAUCUUUCCUAGGCAGUACAGGUAACCCCCGCUUAACGAAGGGGUUACGUUCCUAGAAACACUUCGUUAAGCAAACCGAUUAUAACAAGUUUAACCCUGAUUUGAACUUCCAUUGAGAGUAAGCAAAUCGAGAGUGCAUCAUAGUACA